AUGCCACUGACAUUGACAGACUUUGAGCCACGCAAGUUUGCGCCAAUGCCAGAGUCACAGCAACAACCUUCACAACAACCAGCACCACAGCAACAGCAACAGCAAUCGACCCGUACCCCUCAGACACCACAGCAACAGCUCCUCCAGACUGACCCUCUUCAGCAGAUGACUUCCUUCAAGUCCCAGCCUAUCGAGACAGUGCCCCCACGAGUCCUCGAAUACAGUCCCCAUUUUGGCCCCGAGGGUCAGACCUUCACUGUCACCCUUCAGUCCAACACCGAUAAGACUUUGCGCAUUGGGUUCGGUACCCUUGUGGUCGAUACCAAACAAUAUGCCGCCAAUGGAUAUGUUACCCUCAGCUGCACCGUCCCCAACUUUGCGAUUACGAAGUGGUUCGUGAGCAAGGUUCCCCUCUAUGUCCUCCAGAUGGAGAAUGACAUGGUCAUGGAGAGCUGGCCCUUUGGCGACUACAACUAUUACGAUGACAAUAGCCAGAGCAAUACCAGCAAAAACAACAAGCGUGGUAAUGUUGACAACUUAUUGUACGGACAGAACCAAAGUCCCGUGGCCAGCAAGAAGCAGCACCUGGUCACCGAUCUUGAUCUCUCCAACACCCAGCUGUCUUCGCAACACAGCCACCAACAACAGCUCUCCCCUCUAGCCCCCUCGACGCCCAACACCACGCUCAACGGCCUUGCCCCUCGUCAAGACGACUACCAGGAUUUGUCCUCGUCCGCGGCUGCUUAUGAUGCCGGGCUCUACUCGCAGAGCCUGCAACCCACCAGCCCGUACGGUUCCCGUCCUCCCAUGAGCGCUGCUUCAUAUGCGCGUUCAGGAUACUACAACACCAACCAAAUGAUUGCCCCCCAUAUGCCAUCGUACUCGCAACCAGAACUCGGUUCCUCGUCAGGCUAUGCCUUGACCUCGACGGCCAACCACAACACCAACUAUAUCCAGAGCAGCAACAAUAACAACAAUCAGCAGCACCAUCACCACCCUCAGCCCGUCGCCCCUUCGUCCUAUAUGCCUCAGCCCCACCCUAGCGCAGCCAGUAUGGGCGGAGGAGGAGGUCUUCCUCUGGGCGGAUACAACCCCUAUGCCUCCCUCCUGAACAAGGCCAACCUCAAGUUCCAGGGCAACAUGGACGACAUGGCCAUCAACUGGUCCGGUGAAGAGUGGGAAUCCCACCGUCGUCUAGUCCAGUUCUGGCGUCGCCAGGAUGGGAAUGACAUCCACUGUACAUUUGCGCCCGUUGCGCCCGCAGACCGACAGCCCAACAGUAUUGUGGUCUCGUGCAUUUACUGGGCCGAGAAGAAUGACUGCUUCUUGACAUCCGUCGACUGCAUCUACCUCCUCGAGUCCCUGAUCGCUGUCCGGUUCACGGUCGAAGAGAAGAACCGAAUCCGUCGUAACCUCGAGGGCUUCCGUCCUAUUACGGUGUCCAAGUGCAAGCCCGAAUCUGCAGAGUUCUUCAAGCUGAUCAUGUCCUUCCCAAACCCCAAGCCUCGCAACAUUGAGAAGGAUGUCAAGGUCUUCCCCUGGAAGGUUUUGCCUUACGCGCUCAAGAAGAUUAUCUCAAAGUACACAGCGUCGUAUUCGUCCACGGCGUCGAUUCAGACUGAUGCAUUCCAUAACGCCAACUUCCCCCACGGUUCUACCCUCCCCGUCACGCCGCAGCAGCAGACUAUUAUUGAGUCAAGCAUCCUCGCAUAG